AUGCAGGCCAAUGAGCUACGUGUACAGUCAGCAGAGCAGCCCCACCGGACGACGAGGCUGCAAAAGCAGUCGGACAACGUUUUGGGAGAAUCGACGACGACACUCUGUCAUUCGCUUUGUCGGCUCGCCUCGGACGAGAUUCAAGGAGAAUCGACGACGACAACCGGUCAUUCAUUCGCCUCGUCGGCUCGCCUCGUCGGCUCGCCCCCUCGGACGACACUCAAGGGUAAUCGACGACGACAGCCGGCUAUUCCCUUUAGAAUCGACGACGACACUCGGGUUAUUCCUUUCGUCAGCUCGCUCCCCUCGGACGGCAUUCAAGGAGAAUCGACCCGGUCAUUCGCCCGUCGCCUUCUCUCGACGCUUGACACCGCCGACGGCGAAGAAAUCUCAGCAUGGUAUGAUGCCCUCGCACAGGUUGCCGCCUGUGUUCCCGACGUCGCUGAUGGUUGGACGUUGCAGGCGCGAAAUUCGGAAAAGGCGCAGUCGAUGCUGUUUCGCUUCCGCGAAGCGCAAGCGGCGGACCUCGGCAUCAUAGACGCAGGUCGCUCGCGGCGGCCGAAGCGCAUCACCGAGGUCGACUCGGUGCCGUCGUGCGAGAGAUGGCGCGGGCAGGUGCUCAAGGAGAUCUCGCGCAAGAUGUCGCGGAUCCAGGACCCCGUGCUCAGCGACUACCAGAUCCGCGACCUCAACGACGAGAUCAACAAGCUCAUGCGCGAGAAGCACAUGUGGGAGGUGCAGAUCCGGAACCUCGGCGGGCCCAACUACAUGCGCGGCGGCGGGCGCGUCUACGACGAGCAGGGCCGCGAGGUGCCCGGCGGCGGCAAGGGGUACAAGUACUUUGGACGAGCCAAGGAGCUGCCGGGCGUCAAGGAGCUGUUCGAGGCGGCGCGGACCAAGACGGACAAGAAGGAGGAGCAGCAGCAGAAGGGCCAGGGCACGUGGCGAAACGCCAACGCCGCCUACUACGGCUACGGCCCGGACCAGGAGACGGAGGAGCUGCUGCGGUACGAGGCGGCCAAGGAGACGGAGGCGCGGGACAACGCGCUGAAGACGACGGCACGCGAGGCGCCCGACGGGUGGCAGGCGCUGCCGGGCGACAGCGGCGACGGCCAGGUCGUGUGGGUGCUGCCGACGAUGGAGCAGGUGCAGGAGGAGCUGCUCGAGCGGCGGCGGCAGAAGCUGCUGCGGCAGCUGUGA